AUGGCCGUCACCACCAAGCAGCUCUGGGAAAACGCCAUCGCCCACCUCCAUGAUCUAUCUAACGCAACCCUUUUCCAAAAGGCUGAACUUGAGGCGCGCGUCGCUGAGCUUGAAGCUGAGCUGACCGCCGUCAAGUCGGCGUACUCUAACGCGACGGACAUGGCCGCGCUCGACAAAAAGGCGCAUAAUGCGCAGCUCUCCUCCCUAAACAGGCAGAUAUCUGCGUUCUCGUUUCCUCAGGCUCAAGACCCCUUCGUCCUCUGCGUGAUCGACGGAGACAAGCUCCUCUUUCACAGUUCCUUGAUUGAGCAGGGUGCCAAUGGUGGCCGUCAAGCCGCCCAGGACUUUACCAAGGCCGUCGCGCAAGAGCUGGUCCAGCAGGGCUUGACUGGCUUCGAGCGCCUCUCGUUCUGGGUCACCGUUUAUCUUAACAAGAAGGCCGUCGCUGCCAGAUUGAUGGAGGAGGGCAUCGCCAGGCCAGAUCAAUUUGAGGCCUUCCUGGUCGGGUUCGGCCAGGCCUCUCCUCGUUUUGUAAUUAUGGACGCAGGUCCUGGGAGGGAGAGUACCGAGGGGAAGAUCAAAGAGUAUGUGAAGACAUUCAUCCGCGUUCCUCAGACCCUCCGUUUGUUCUUCGGAGGCAUUGACGACACAUACUUCCCAAUGUAUGAGAGCCUCAUGCAAGAGGACCUCGCGGGUAAGCUGGUGUUGCUCCAACCGCCGAUGAAACCGACCCCCCUCGUCCGCCAAAUGGCGGUCCGUAAUAUCCGCUUCGAAGGUCUCUUCUCGGAGGAGAGUUUAAGCCCUAUCCCUAUGCGCCGUCCUGGCCCUGGCCUCCUUGGUAUCUCGGAGUCGAACUUGCAUCCGCAUGUCAUCACCAACGGCGGUCUGAUCAGCCCUCAGUCGGAGACACAAGGUUCUAUCUCUCCUCCUCCGGCGAACAGGACUCCGGAGGGCUUCAAGCACAUCGAUCCGAGCAAGCCGCUUCACAAACAGAACCCCCCGCCAUGCAACGAGCACUACCUAAUGACCUGUUCCAAGGGGACCAACUGCAAGUACUCCCAUGAAUGGCUGCUGAACGCUGAGCAGCUCGACGUCUUGGCGCGGAAUGCGAAGAAGGCCCCCUGCAACUAUCUUAAAAAUGGUGCAUGGUCUUUUCUCGCCGAAUGCUGGCAUGAGACUCAUAACGCCCUAGGUCUCACGUGUCCUUACGGGGCCAAGUGCUGCUGGGGCCAUGUCUGUCCAAGUGGUGCUCGUUGCUUCCAUCUCAGCAAGGGGAAAUGUUGGUUCAAGGGUGAGGGCAUGCACCCGCCCACCUCCCCUUCUCCGGUUGAGGCGGCCUGAGUCACUUCUCCAUUUCCCCCUCAUCACUAUCUCGUGGUCUUGGAUAGAUUAACGCCAUGGU